GCUCUCCGACGACCACCACUCUCUACUACCAAGGCUGCCGGAUCACAUAGCCCACCUUUGUCUCUCUCUCAUCUCUCCCUCCGCCCUAUACUCCAUUUGCCGGUCAUGGCGCCGCCUCAUCUACACCGUCACCUUCCCACCUUUCCGGUCACUUUACACUCUCUCUCUACCCACCACCGCCGCCGUUGAAGGCGGUCAAGCGGUCAAACUUUUCUCCUUUGACCCUAUUUCUUCCAAAUGGAUCACCGUCGAAUCUCCGCCACUACCGCCCUAUCUCCACCACAUGUGCCUCCGGCAUCCGUCGUUCAUGUCCCGAAAUUUUUCCAUUCAAUCGGUCUCUAUCUCCGGCAACCUUGUUCUCAUCAUCGCCACCGCCGUCCACCGGAGUUUACUAGUUCCGGCCUUUCUACACCCUUUAAUAUUUAACCCAUUAUCCAACACUUGGUCAUCUUGUCCUCCACUCUCCGUCCCACGAUGGUGGUUGUUGCUAGCGGAAUUGGUUCUCACUACACAGAGACGGUGGCUCGCUCCGUUGAGAAAUGGGUGGUCCGAAAAAGUGAAUCUUUUGAUGAAAAGAUUCAAUCUUUAACACAUUUGAAGCUAGAAAAUGAAUCUUUUGAUGAAAAGAUUCAAUCUUUGAACCAUUUGAAGCUAAAAAAUGAAUCUUUUGAUCAAAACCCAGAUGGGUAUUUUGAAAAGAUUCAAUCUUUAGAUGGAAAAACAGAUGGGUUUUGUGAAAAGAUUCAGUCUUUGAACCAUUCAAAGCUAAAAAGUGAAUCUUUAGAUGAAACCCCAUAUGGGAAUUGUGAAAAGAUUCAAUCUUUGAACAAUUUGAAGCUAAAAAGUGAAUCUUUAGAUGAAAACCCAUAUGGGAAAUGGGAAAAAAUGCAAUCUUUGAAGCAGUCAAAGCUGUGUAGAGAAACCAUUGAUGCAGUAGGAUGGAAAGGAAGCUCUGAAUGGUAAAUGUGAAAGGUGACUAUAGCAACAACCGCAUCAACACCAUCCAAUAAUUUUAAAUGACCAAAAUACCCCUGAGGGUAAGGACAAAAUAGGAGGUUUUAAUUUGGGGAUUCUGGUCAAAUAUCACUUUUGGACUAAAAUGGCAACAAAAUGUAAACCACAGGGACCCAGAUGUAAAAAGUUUGAGAUUUGAACUAAAAUGACAAAACUGGCCAAACCACAGGACCAAAAUGGCAGUUUACUCAAUAAUAAAUAAAAACAUCAAAGCAGAGUCCCAACAAAAACGAACACAAGUACAGGAACCACUUGUGUUUGAGCCCUAACUCUAUUCUGGUGUAUGCUUCUCGUCAAUGUCGCUGGUGGCGGCUGGUUCGUUGCUUGUCAAAUAACAUAAUCCAUUUCAGCAAAUUCUGCAGCUAAUGGGGUAUCCUAAUAAGAUGGAUAGAAUCAGCAAGCUUCCUGUAGGCGUAAUAGAAACCAUCUUAUGUCUGCUACCGAUUCAAGAGGCAGCAAGAACAAGCAUCCUCUCUAAGGAAUGGAGGUACCAUUGGAUCAAAAUCCCUAAACUUGUGUUUAUUGAGGAUCAGUUUCAAGAAUGGACUCGUGGGCCUAAGCCGUCUGCUAUCGAGCUACAUCUUAACAAACCAAGUAAAAGGAAAGAUAUGGCCAAGAGGUGUAGGUUUUUCUACGCGAUAUACCAAGUUCUGCUUAUGCACGAGGGUCCAAUACACGAGUUCACUCUUUCUAUGAAAGUAGAUACCUCGUGUGUUGAGAUUGACCAUAUCAUACUUCAUUUGUCGAAGAAAAAUACUCUCAAGAUAUUAAAACUUGAUUUUGAGGAUGGAGGUGACGAGGGGCAUAGGUUACCCAUUUCUCUCUUCUCUUUACACCAUUUAACAAGUUUGUAUCUCCAUGGUUGUGCUCUUUACCAACAACGUUCAUUCAAUGAAUUUGGUUGCCUUACAACCUUAUAUUUGAGAAGCGUAUGGACGCAUAAGAAAACGCUUCACCGGCUUUUAUCCAGCUGUCCAUUACUUAAGAGAUUGACUAUUGGUCAUGGGAUGGCAUUUCUCUGUGAUGAUGGAGGUUCCACCAUUGUUGAUCUAUUCGAGUGUGUACCGGUGAUUGAAUAUCUUUAUGUUGUGGUAUUCGGCUUUGAGGAAUUUCUUCCAAGGAGACUUCCGAAAAAGCUCCCGACACCAUUAGUCCACUUGAAAUAUUUGUGUGUGGAUACUCUUUGCUUUACUCACAUAUAUGGGUUACCUUUUCUUGCUCUUUUGAUUAGAAGCUCCCCAAAUCUGGAGAAACUUAAGCUAGUGAUGUGGGAAGAAGCUUUCGUUGGUGGAGAUGAUGAUGUGGGCUCUUUUACACUUGAUGAUUAUUCAGAUAUUAUGUUGGAGCAUUUGAAAGAAUUUGAGAUUCAAGAUUUUACCGACUCGGAGAAUGAGUUGGAUUUUGUGAGGCUUAUAUUAGCCAAGUCACCUGUACUAAAGAAGAUGACGAUAUCCCCACAUUAUUUUUUUGAUAAAGAUGAAGAAUCAGUCUCACAGGUUUCAGAAAUCCUUUUUUGCUCCCCAUGCGCAUCACCUGUCGUAGAAAUCAUCGUUGGACCGUACAAAUCCGAUCGUUUGUGCCCUUGGUGAACUUGUUCUUUGUUGUUAACUCUAGUGACAUGAAUAAAUUUGUUUCGUUCUGAUAUGAGGUUUUGAGACGGAUGAUCUUUUGCAUCUUAAAUUUGUUAAAAUGUUAUGUUCACAAUGGAUUAUCGGACUCGUUAUCUUAUCUGCG